AUGCCAACGUUAUUGCCUCAAAAACCGAGUUCAUCUACCACCACCACAUCAACACCAACAAAGCAGCCGAGUACUUCUCAGCCACCUACUCCAAGCAAGUCAGCCCUCCCUACGGUGAACAGUGCGCAGCUCGAAGUUGCCGAGAAGGUGGCAAAGUUAAUCGGCUAUUCCUCGAGUCAACAACUCUUCUCGGCCCUCCAGGACCCGAAAAGAAGUGGACCGCUACAAAUGCUGAUUAAGAGUAACCCACUUGCUCUGCAAUUGAUGCAACAAGGCCUUGCCCCAUCCACCCCAUCCCCUCAAAAAGAAGCCGAGGAAAAAAUGAAGAAGCUGGCGGAGAAGCUGAAGAAGGAGAAAGAGGAAGCGGAGAAGGCACGGAAGGAGCGAGAAGAGCGCGCGCAAAAAGCCCGACUUGAGAAAGAAGAACAAAAACGAAAGGAAAAGGAGGAGAAGCAACGGCAAAAAGAGGCUGAAAAGGCCCGACGAAUCGAGGAGGAACGUCAAAAACGUAUCGCUGAGCAAGAGGCCCAAGAAAAGCUACGGAAGCAAAUGGCUCAACAGGCGUCUAGAGAGGAAGAAGCCCGUCAGAAGAAACUCGCCGAAGAAAAAGCUCUGCUGGAAGCCCAAAGGGCCAGGGAAGCCGCCGAGAAGGCAAAACGGGAGCAAGAACUCCGGGAGAAGCAGCUACGAGAGGAAGAAGAACGGGCGAUGGCGGCAUUGAUGGAAGAUUUGGAUGAGGAGGACCCGGAGAGGCAGGAGGCCGAGGCGAGAGCUGAAGCCGAUAAGAGGGCAAAACUGGCGGAAGAGCAACGCAAAGCUGUGAAGGCGGCGGUGGCGAUAAAGCAGGAAUCGGUCCCAACACCACCAGCUCAACCAACCACCAAUCUCGAUUGGAUCUCCUCUUUCCAAGAAUCACCUCGACACCGCAGCAAUACAAAUUCCUCGCAACAAAAUUCCCAAGUCGAAACCAAGCCAUUGAUCCACCACGAACCUGCUUCACCGGUGAUCCAGAUGAAUUCUGGAGGCUCUAUGUAUUCCGGCUCUCCGGCGAUGCAGCGACAGAAUUCGGGCCACAACAUUGCUGGCCAAGCUGGAGGGUCACCGAUCAAAAACUUCCAGACCCAGAGCCCAGCCUACUCUCACACCCAGAGCCCGAUGAAUUAUGGAAAUCUACCGACCUCAAGCCCGAUGAGCCAUACGAGCCAUAACAGCCAUCCGAGCCAGCAUGGCGCCAGCCCUUCCGGGGCCUUCAAUUUUGGAAGCCCCCAGUCAAGCUAUGGCCAGUCGCCGCAGAAUAGUCAGAUGAGCCAGAUGCGGAUGAAUCAAAUGGCUGGAGGUCAAGCCGUUCCGCAGCCGCAACAGAAUCCCCAACAAUACGGCGGCUUCUCCCCUCCAAAACAGCUGAACUCUUCGAACUCGAUGGGCUUCCAGAUGGCCGGACCUCAAAUGGGACAGCAAAAUAUGGGCCAAAUUAUGCCGAAUAGCCAGUCAAGACUGCAACAACAACAACAACAACAAACUCAAAUGGCCCAGCCGAGCGCAUAUCAACAGCAGCUGCAACAGCAGAUACAGAAGCAGCUCCAGCUUCAGCAACAACAACAACAACAAGCUCAGCAGCAGCAGGAGCUCCAGCGUCAGCAGCAAGUUCAGCAACAACAGGAGAUGCAACGGCAACAGCAAUUAAAGCAGCAGCAAGAGUUUCAAAGGCAGCAGCAACUGAAACAGCAACAGGAGCUGCAACGUCAGCAGCAGCUAAAACAGCAGCAAGAGCUCCAACGUCAGCAACAACUUCAACAACAACAACAACAACUGAUGCAGCAGCAGCAGCAGCAGCUGUUCAUGCAGCCAGGCUAUGGGCAACAAGUGUCUCAGCCACAGCAGCAACAGCUGGGCUACAGCGGGCAGAUGGGAAUGACGGGAUCAAAUAGUGGCAUGCAGAUGAAUCGCGCAACUCCGCAGCAAAACUUGCAACAACCGCCUGCCCAACCCUACUUCAAUAAUACGCAGUCUAACUAUCAGAAUUUCAACAACCCGCCGUUCUUC